AUGGACACUAUAGAAUUCAAACCGAUGGAAGAAAACAAAUUGCAUCAGCCAGAAGCAAUGCAAUCAGCCACCUUGGAACCUAUAGAUGACACACUGGAAAAGCCCCAGAAACCAGAAGGGGAUGAGGAAUCAAAGAUUUCAACAGCAUCAGGAAAUGAGUUCUUCCUCUAGUUAGAUACAUAUUUCAUACUGAACUGGUUCUAUGUUAUCAAAAAUUCAAUUGUAUCUUUAUCGAAAGAAAAGCAUGGCAUAUCAAGAACCAAGGAGUUCAGAAUUCAAAGAUCUUCUAGUUCUGAAUUGCUGAGCCCUUUGGAGACAGAAUCUAAAAAGUCAAAACCAGAAAAUAGAAGGUCUUUAGCUUUCAGACUGAACUACAGCAUUUCUGACAUAAUUGAUAGAAACCAAGCUAAAAGCAGAUUAAGGAAGUUUAUCACAAAAUCUUUGCAAGAAAAGAGCCUUAUUAAAGAUCAAAUUCUUGGUCCCUGUUUGCAAAAUGUGUGUGAACAUGAUGGCUCCACGGUCCCACAGUUUGUGAUACUGUGCAUAAAAGCUGCUGAAAUGCAAGGUCUGGAUGUUGAUGGAAUAUACAGAGUCAGCGGCAAUCUGGCAAUGAUACAGAAGUUACGAUUUGUUGUCAAUCAGGAAGAGAAGCUGAAUUUGGACGACAGCCAGUGGGAGGACAUCCACGUUGUCACCGGAGCACUCAAGAUGUUUUUCAGAGAGCUGCCUGAACCACUGUUCCCAUACUGCUUCUUUGAACAGUUUGUGAAGGCAAUAAAAAUCCGAAGCAGUGACAAUAGAGUGAAAAUCAACAAUGCCCUUGUACAGAAGCUUCCCAGACCAAACUAUGAUACCAUGAAAAUACUAUUUGGACACCUGAAACAAUCUCCUCCUGGCUCAGGGGGGUCAAGUGCUCCACCACGAUCUACCACACCUCAAACCCACGGCAUGGAGGAUCCUCUAGUACAGCUUAAAAGCAGGAUAGAUCACAUUCUGUUGAACUGUUGCAAACCGGCCACACAUGCUUCCUAUGAUGGGAAAUGGAAGAAAUUUUUAACUUACCUUGAGUCAUUGGGUUUACCUCCGCCUCCUAUGAACUUGGUAGCAGUUUUUGGAUUCCUGUUGUCCUGUUUGGACUUGGGUCUUAGUUGUGCCUCAUUGAAAGUUAACCUGGCUGCCAUCUCUGCUAAUCACCCUACGGCGGAUGGCUAUUCUGUUUUUUCUCACCCACAAAUGAAACAGUUCCUGAAGGGCCUUGCUCACCUCUUCCCUCCGGCUCAUGGCUCUACCCUCUCCUGGGACUUACCUCUAGUGCUGUCCAAGCUGAUGCACAGACCAUUUGAGCCCAUGGCCACAUCUAGUCUGCAACUUCUCUUAUGGAAGACUGCCUUUCUGGUAGCUAUUACCUCAGCAAGACAGAGUUUAGGAAUCAUUUUUUCACUGGCACUCCUUCAGCCUGAAAAGGAGACGGGGGCCAUGGGAAUCCACAUGGUAUACCAAAACCAGAUUGUGGAGCUAAUGCUAAGUGAGUUCACCAAGAUCUUCAGCUCUGAAGACUGA